AGGAACAGGCCACGACCUUACUCAACAAUAGUUAGUAUUUCCUCUGAUCGGAGAACACCUUGUUUGCAGCUCCACUUGUCAAGGGAAAAAGUAAUCGAAAGCUGCACGAGAAAUUCGUGAGCGACGAGAAUGACGGAGUACAAGCUAGUAGUGGUUGGAGCUGGAGGUGUAGGGAAGAGCGCUUUGACUAUUCAACUGAUUCAGAACCAUUUUGUAGAUGAAUAUGAUCCAACCAUUGAAGAUUCAUAUAGGAAACAAGUAGUAAUAGAUGGUGAAACAUGCUUGCUGGAUAUUUUGGACACAGCAGGUCAAGAAGAAUACAGAUUAAAAGAGUGAAAGAUGCAGAGGAAGUUCCCAUGGUUUUGGUAGGUAACAAAUGCGAUCUCCCACAACGAACCGUCAGUACAGCCGACGCACAAGAACUUGCAAAAAGUUACGGUAUCCCUUUCCAAGAGACGUCAGCAAAGACAAGACAAGGAGUUGAYGACGCUUUUUACACACUUGUUAGGGAAAUAAGGAAAGAUAAAGAGAAACGAGGACCACCCAAGCGACCAAAACAGAAAAAGAAGUGCGUAAUCCUAUGAGYAACCAAAGCAAAUCGACUCAUUGAAGACCAAAUGACUUUUAUGUGCUGAAAUACUACACUAACCUCAAUCAUCUCUCUGAAUCUCUGAAAUCCAGAGCUGAAAAGUGGUUUAUCAGUAGAAGAUCUAAAUAUACUACAACAAUAUGAGAUGAGUUUAGUAGAUCUGUUGCAGAAACUCACAAGGGAAGAAAAUAUUGAUUUUAACAUUAUAAAUUUCUCAUCUAGUUAACUAUUACAUUUUGACAAUCAGAUUCUUGCAAGUCAAUCUUUGAAAACUAAAUAUAAAGUAUAAAAACUGCUAAUUUUCAUGUAAUAUCUUGAUAUUCCUGCGCAUGRUUUUGGUGUUAAACAUCUUUUUUCCCUUACGAGUUUCCGGCUGUCAACAUAUUUAUUUUUUUAGUAUUCUAUCAUAUGAUAAUCAGGGGGAUAUUGGGUGAUAUUGUAGGUAUCUAGUAUAGUAACCUGAUYGGUAAACACACAAUGAUAUAGGUUGGUAACAGUUAUCAAAAUAUAAUGCCUUAUAAGUACAUAAAGUCAUGUUAUCACCACAGGCAGCCCAACCUCGAAAUUUUAUAUGAAUUCUGACUUUAUAAGAUAUGUAAGACAUUAAAGAAGAAAGAAAGCACUUCAAAUUGUUGUUCUAUACUUGUGCUUACUGCUGAGACUUUUUUCCAAGUACUAUUUUGUACUAUUUCUCGAUUUCUCUGAAUCUAAUCUAUAGUGAUAAGGAUAGUGAUUGCGUUUGGGUUCCCUGUGGUAAAUGGCAAUAUUGUCCAAGUGAGUUUUAACAGUGUCAUGUGUCUUUUCUUGUGUCACGCAAUCUUGCACCAUUCAUUCUGAAAAUAGACAUGUUUUCAUUAUUUUUGAAAACAAUGAUGUAACAAGAAGCUGGAUCAAAUCUAAUCAACAAUUAUUUCCUGUGAAUAUAUAUUUCUAGUUAGUGUUUAUAGUUCAAAGUAGACAAAAAUGCACURAACCUUUUCUUCUGAGUAACUGCCUUACCAGUUAUGGGCUCCCUGUGCUUUUCUCGAACACAGGGAMCCCAAUGAAAAAGAACGAAAAAGUAUUCAAAUAGACAGUGAAGACUAGUGAAUGCUAUGAGGGUCAUUUCUGACAAAAUUAGAAAUUCAUAUGUGAAUUUUUAUGUAGCAAUAAACUACUAGACUAAUAAUAUUUUCUAGCUCCAAAACAAUGUGUCCUGUGGACUUCUCGUUUGUAUAAUUAUAGUAUAGGUGAAACGAUAAAAUUAAACAGUUUAAAAUUUG